AAGCUUUUAUUUUCUUGAUUAUCUUGACCACUUUAACCACUUUGACCACUGACUUAAUCUCUGAGUUAAUUUAAUUGUUUCUCUUAUUAAAUUGUAGUGAUUUAAACUGUUUUUGGUAAUCAUGGCUUCUGCAAAUGCCACUGCGACUCAACAAUCAACACCAUCUUCUGCUAUCUCUCAACUUUUACCAUUGGAAUUGAUUGACAAAUGUAUUGGAUCAAAAAUUCAUGUGAUCAUGAAAAAUGAGAAGGAAAUUGUUGGCCAAUUGCUUGGUUUUGAUGAUUAUGUGAAUAUGGUUCUUGAAGACGUAACCGAAUUCGAGAAUACAAAUGAAGGAAGACGAAUCAAUAAACUGGAAAUGAUUCUACUCAAUGGUAAUAACAUUGCAAUGAUGGUUCCAGGAGGUGAAGGUCCAGAUAUGAACAAUUAACUAUCUUUUCAUGACAAUUUACCAUCAAAAUGUUUUCUCAUUUAAUUUCCAUUUGAUUUUCAAAUCUUUAAACUAACAAACACACUUAAAUACACCUUCACACAUCAAAUUUGUGCUAAAAUAAUUAGUAAAGAAAAUUUUCCAUUAA